GGGCUUGUUGUCCUUUCGGGGGGAGUCUCACGUGUCUCCAUUUGGCACCAGACGCUUCUGUCACCGACUGCCACUGGGUGUCUGGAGCUGCCAAAGUCAUGCCGGCCGGGUUUCAGCAACUCGGAGGGGAGACAGUGACUGGAACCCUUGCUCUCUCAGUCUUCACUGCUGUACUGGGAUCUCUGGAGUUUGGAUACAACAUCGGUGUCAUCAAUGCACCUCAGAAGAUCAUUGAGGAGGACUAUAACGCCACAUGGCUGCACCGGUAUGGAGAGCACAUCCCUACAGGGACCCUCACCUCCCUCUGGUCCCUGUCUGUGGCCAUCUUCUCCAUUGGGGGCAUGCUCUCCUCCUUCUGCGUGGGUUUCAUCUCUGAGUGGCUGGGCAGGAGGAAAGCCAUGCUCAUAAACAACUUGUUGGCCUUCAUUGGCGGAAGCCUGAUGGGGAUUUCCAAGCUCUGUCGCUCCUUUGAAAUGAUGAUCAUUGGACGUUUUAUCAUUGGCGCCUAUUGUGGGCUGGCAUCAGGCUUGACACCAAUGUAUGUGGGCGAAAUUGCUCCUACGAGUCUGAGAGGGGCACUGGGCACGCUGCACCAACUGGCUAUAGUCACCGGUAUUCUCAUUGCACAGAUUCUCGGCCUGGAGUCACUACUGGGCAGUGAGGACUUGUGGCCUGUCCUGAUGGGUUUAACCAUCGUGCCAACUGUACUUCAGAUGGCACUUCUUCCCUUCUGCCCCGAGAGUCCCCGAUUCCUUUACAUCGUCCGCUGCCAGGAGCACCACGCCAAGAGUGGCCUGAGGAGGUUAACGGGCAGGCAGGAGGUGGGCAACAUGCUGGCAGAGAUGAAGGAGGAGAAGAGGAGGAUGGACAUGGAGAGGAAGGUGUCCAUCCUGGAGCUCUUUCGUUCUCCACUCUACCGCCAGCCCAUCAUCAUCUCCAUCCUGCUGCAGCUCUCCCAGCAGCUGUCCGGGAUCAACGCAAUUUUCUACUACUCAACCAGUAUCUUCAUGAAGGCAGGAGUCCAGAGUCCAGUCUAUGCCACUGUAGGAGCCGGCGUGGUAAACUGUGCGUUCACUGUGGUCUCACUCUUCCUAGUAGAGAGGAUGGGUCGACGGACACUCCACAUGCUAGGACUGGGAGGAAUGUGCAUCUGUGCCGUCAUCAUGACCAUGGCUCUCGCUUUACUGGACAGUGUUCCUUGGAUGAGCUACAUCAGCAUGCUGUCAAUCUUUGGUUUUGUUGCCUUCUUUGAGGUGGGUCCAGGUCCCAUCCCCUGGUUCUUUGUAGCUGAGCUGUUCUCUCAGGGUCCGAGGCCAGCUGCAAUGGCUGUGGCUGGCUGCUCCAACUGGACUGCCAACUUCAUCAUUGGCAUGUGCUUCCAAUAUGUUGCUGACCUUUGCGGGCCAUACGUCUUCCUGAUCUUCGCAGUACUCCUCCUCUUCUUCCUCAUCUUCACAUUCUUCCGGGUGCCAGAGACACGGGGAAAGACCUUCGACCAGAUCACAGCAAACUUCCAGCAGCACUCGGCGAGAGGAAUGAUGGAUAUGGAUAUGGACAUGGACAUGGACAAGCCCAGCACCGAGUUGGAUUAUCUGGGGGAAGAAAGCAUCAACUGAAGACUCCCUGCUUGAAGAUUGUUGGAACUGAGUACAGUUUGGGAUGAACUGUCUAUAUGGGCCUGACUCCAAACAUUUAUUUUCUGACAUGUAUAUUGAGGUCUGUUGUUGCAUUCAUAUAGAUUGUGGUGCCAAAGCAGUGUUAAAGGUGUGUGACAAUUUGGGUGUUUUGGAAUUGUCCUUUGCUGGUACCACUGCAAAUACACGGUUAAGAAUUUUCAAUUAUGCCUAGACAAAGGCUGAAAAAAUAUUGCAUUAAGAGUUGACAGUUGUAGUUUCAAGAAAUAUGAUGCACAUAAGGAGAAGGUGCCUGGACUGUUGAGGCAUUGAAUGCCACUGUGGUAGGAUUUUAUGCAAUGUUGAUGCACUCAGUUGCAAUAUUGUCAGACAGAGGUGGAGAGAGAAUUUCCUGCACUUUAUCUACAAAGACAUCCCAAGGUUUUCAGUUAGAAGUUUAAAAAAAAAAAAACUACGAUAUGCAGCCGUGGAGUAGAGUAUGCUUGCCUAUGUUGUACCAAAGCUGGGAACGCACUGGAGCAUGGGUAAAUCCAACUGACAGAUUUCAGUAAGAGAUACUGCUUUCAGAUUUCUGGCAUCAACAAAAUACAAGUACAGAAUUAUCUUCUGAUUUAUAAAGUUGUAAAAAUCCAACACUUACAUAAUGGUUAGAAGCUCAACUGGAAGGAACAAGGUUUAAAUCCUACCGUUGCAGCAUUACUUUAGUUUGUAUUUUAUUCAGGCAACGCUCUGGUGUUGUUUCGAUGUUUGGCUUCUUUUGUAAAUGGAAAAAAAAAGGUUGUAUAAAAAUAUUUAUAUUCCUUUAAGGAAACUUAAAAUACACAAUUUUAGUAUAAGUACUUAAGCUCAAGGUCUUGAACAACAUGAGUAGAGAAAAACUUCAAAGGAUACCCAGCCCUAUAAUAAUAAUAAUAAUAUGCCAAUUGUCUAUGGUUACCCACUAAUUUAUCCCGACUUUCAAUUUUUUGAAGGAAAAAAAAAAAAAAAAGAAGAGGCUGAAAGUCUUCACUGCCAAACUGGGUUUUCAAUCAUGAGGUGCAUUCCCAGCUUAUGCUACAGGCAAAGUGCCAUCAUAAAGCAUUUUUCUAAUCACGAGAAUUUCAUUGCACAACCUGUAGAAAUGCCACUUUUAAAGAAAAAAAAAAGUAUUUUAUUACUUCACGUGUACAUAUAGUGUGUUGUUUGGUUGCUGACAGUGUUUUAAGGGUGUGAGGGUCUAAAAGUUGCAGUUCUUUAUGCACUCCAGUUGGUGUUUGGUUUUGUAAACAGAAGCCUGAUAAACUAGACGGGCAGAAAGGGCUGCUUGUAAAGAAAUCUUCUUGUAGAUGAAGUUUGUAUAACAAGCAUCACUGUUGUGUAUUUUUCUGCCAUCUGUCACGUGUGCUGUUUGUGGUCUGUUCUUUUAAUGAGUAUCACUUUCUUCUAAACAAAAUUUGUAAUGUAAUGUUUGUAAUGAGAUUGUUCAGAGAGGACCUGCAAUUUGAACAGAGUGAAUACUGAUGAUGAGGUCAUAUUGUGACUUAAAAAGGAUGCAAUUACUAUUACUGAAUGUUACUGAAAACACCUCUGAAGGCAUCCAUUAAUAUUUUAAAAAAAAAAAAAGUUAAAAGAAAAACAUUCAACAAAUGUAAAAACUGUGCAAAGCAGUUUCUGAUCUGUUCAUCUACAGAUCUAUUUCUCUAUUUCUACAACAGACAUCAACUAAAGAAACAAGGACUGAAUCCUGAGAUUUGCAAACAUGAUUUAUUAAUUAGCAUUUUAG